AUGGCGGGUGCCGAGUCAGUCUUAGGCAAGCCCGCACGUUCCAGGCGGAACUUCCUAAUCCGCCCGCUGUUUCUCCGCGCCUCUCCCAAAGAGGUAGAGCAGCGUAUAGGUUUUCAGCUCGUCAUCAAGGUACCGCCCAAGAAUCAACGGGUCCGUGAUCCCGGGCCUCGACUCGGGCCGGGCGGUUCGGGCCCGCCGCAGCCGAGGAAAGUGGAAGGUUUUCGGAGACAUAGAAAUACGAAGCGACAUCGGCGCCCAAGUUUUGACAUCUUGACUCAUUGGCUGCAAAAUGGCAGAGCAAGCCAGCGGUUCACAGUAAUAUAUUCUUGUGACACUGUUCGAUCUUUGUUUUAGAUGGUUGUGGCGUCCGCUAAGUCUCUCAUUUUCCGUGUCUCACGUGCAUUCAUUCAUUCCGAUCGCUAAACUGGUAAAAGUGAGAAAAAGUAAAAGACAAGACAUCAUGCCGGUCAAGGUCAUCAAUACCGAGUUUGGGCACUCUAUGCCGCCUGAAGAGCCCCAUAAUAUCACCUUUUACAUACCUGGUUGGGAAACCGCCAAGGGUCUGCGCCGAGGCGACCAAGCCGUGCUGAGCAGGCUCUCGUCCAUCUAUCCCCGAUUCAGCCCGUGGUGUGAGGUGCGCCAGCUCUCCAACCUCAUCCACAACCACCUCUCCCUCCCAACCACACAUGGAACCCUCCUUUUCACCAAUCCAGACACCUUCCUCACCGCCAAGCAAUUCUCCCGCUCCGCCCUCCGCAAGGACGAACACAAGGUUGCUCCGGAGGACCUGCUCUUCCGUGUCGUCGACAUUCCGCUGAACAACCCCUCAUCCUCAUCCCCCAAUGACACUACUACUACUAUCAUCCGCCUCUUCGUCAUCGCCUACCCCCUCGCCCAAGCCCCCGGUGUCGUCGGCGUCUGGCAGAACUAUGGCAUAGGCAUCAGCUCGCGGCUGGCCGCUGCCCUUUUGCCCGCGGUCGAGGCAGGGCGGGUGCAGGCGCUUGAUUUCAAGGCUACGGGGGCCGACGAUGUGAUGCCCGAGCGGCUGCCGGAGGGUCGGUUCCUCCCUGAAGGUGAAGCACAUGCAGGGCUGAGGGCGAGGAUUGCGGAGUUGGCUAGUCCUUCUUCUUCUUCUGGUGGCAAUGUAAGAGAGGUCAAGGUCAAGGAGCAGGAUGUGUUCCUGUACCCGACGGGCAUAGCGGCUAUUUACCGGCUGCAUCGCGCGCUGAUGGAGGCUAGGGGUGGUGGGCAGGUGGUGAUUCUCGGGUCCAUAUUCCACAAUACCUACCAUUUGUUUCACGAGAGCGAGGGCGGGUGUGAGCACUUUGGGCGGUGUGAUGGGCAGAGCCGGGUGGUUGAGCGGUUGGCCCUGUGGCUGGAAGGGGAGAAACAGGCCGGGAGGAGAGUGGCGUAUGUGUUUUUGGAGUUUCCGAGCAACCCGAUCCUGGUGAGCGUGGAUUUGAAGGCGUUGAGGGGGGUGGCCGACAAGUACGACGUUCCUGUCGUGAUAGACGACACCAUCGGCUCCUUCUGCAACAUCGACGUCCUUCCCGUUGCAGACGUCGUCGUCACCUCCAUCACCAAGUCCCUUAGCGGGUACGCCAACGUGAUGGGCGGCUCGGUCCUCAUCUCCCCCUUCUCCCGCCACUUCCAGACCCUUAAACAAACCCUCACCACCCAAUUCCGCAACGAAUACUUCCACACCGACGCCGCCAAACUCCUCUCCAACUCCCAAGACUACCUCGCCCGCUCCGCAAUCCUCAACCGCAACGCCCUGACCCUCGCAACCUACCUCCACACGCAAGCCUCUGACAGUACCAGUCCCGUAACAGCAGUGCUCUACCCACCCUUCACCGAGACACACGACAACUACACAGCCGUAAUGCGCCCUGCGACUCCAGACUUUACACCCGGCUACGGGUGCCUGCUAGCGGUCGAAUUCGAGUCGCUUGCAACAGCACAAGCGUUUUACGACCACCUGUCCGUAUUUCACGGCCCGCACCUGGGCGCGCACCACACCCUGGCAUUCCCCUUCAACGACGCCAUCUGGGGCGUCGACCCCGAUGCCGCGGCGUACGCGGCCUCGUACGGCGCCCGGCCUGAACAGGUGCGUGUUAGUGUUGGGUUGGAGAGCGAGGAGGACCUCAUCGACACCUUCAAGGCGGCAUUGCGGUUCGCCGCGGAUGUGAAGCGGCAGGAGCAAGGGGAAAGUGCGGUGUAAGGGUUUUUACAGAGGCAGGAUUUGUCGGUGGAUGGAUGGCUUAGGUAGGAAAGCAAGGGGGUCAAGCGGGGUGGAUAAGCUCUAGCGCAAAGCUACACGGAGGGCACAUGUUGUUUCAACCAAGCUAGGCAUGACUGAUCAACUAUGCCAGCACGAAUAAGGAUUCAGAAGACAAUCAAGAGAUUCCC